UUUCGUAGAAUGUGGACCUUCUGGCCUGCUUCCCUCGCAAGCGACAGCCAGUGUAAGACUCCAUAAUGACUAGCAAGCAAAUGCCAAAGAUCACUCUCCACCACCUGGAGGCUUCGCGGUCCUUGCGCGUCCUGUGGCUCCUCGAGUACCUCUCUGUCCCCUACGAUCUUCAAUUCUACCCUCGCGACCCAGAGACGCGCUAUGCAAAGGACACCGAGCCGAACUCGGGCAAGGGGCUCAGCGCCGUGCACCCGCUUGGCCGCUCGCCCGUGCUGGAGGUGGACGGGGUAGUCGUAGCCGAAGCUGGGGCAGUGCUGACGGUAUUGCUGCAGCACUUUCCCAAGCAAAGCGAAGCCGCCUCUGGAGCCGGAGAUCCGCGCCCUAUGGAUCUCACUCGCGAGGGGCAAGAGCUGAACUUCUGGGUGCAGUUUGGGGAGAGUUCCCUCUUCCUGCACGCCAUCCCCUUCAUGUACGGCUUCAAGGGAGGGGUCAUCGAUGCCUCCUCGGAUGGGUCUUCUGUAUAUGAGAAGACGUGCGCUAGAGGACUAAAGGCGGAUCUGGAUCAUUUAGAAAACGAAUUGGGCAAGAAGGGAGGCACGUUGGCGGGCGAGGGUCGGGUAGGACCUGCUGAUAUUUGCACCGAAGUCUCCCUCGAGUUCAUCAAGACAGGCAUCCUCCGGCGGCGGCCCACCUCUUACUGGUCCACUCUCGGCAUCGAAGGCGCCCUGGGUCCAAAGACGCAAGCGUGGAUGGAAAAGUGUCAGAAGGAUGAGAGCUACCUACGAGCGACGGAGAUUGAGGUGAAGCGUGGUGGAAAGGUGCACAAGAGCGAGGAUUGGUUGAAGCCGCUGUAUGGCUGAUGAGCAAGACGGAUGAGAGAGACGAGAGCGCUGGUGUAGAUGACUUCGCCAUAGAUCUAGGCCAGCGGAAUGCUUACCGAUUCCAGGCCUUGUUCUCACGGUCUGAAGAAAGCACUGGAGGACAAGAGACACACACACGCGAAAAGAGAGCUGUGACAAUGACGAGUAAAUGAUUGAGGUGGUAUGAGCAUGAGUAGAAGAUACAGAGAUUGAGGAAAGAGUGACGACAAGACUGGAAAUCGAAUUAGAGGCUGUUGAACGACGGAGAGGGGGCGGUAGCGCAGGAGGAGUGGAG